AUGAAGGUGGCCGACAACCGGUUCGAUGGUGACCACCGAGGCCAUCGAAAUCCGCAAGACCCGCUUUCCGCGCUCGAGUCGGAGCCGGGCCCUGCCAGUGGUGCGACCCUUGCCGUGGACGUGGACGCGUCAAUCGUUUCAAGUCGCGUCGGAGAUGGCCGGCCUUCGCAAGAGACGGAGAGCCACCGAUCGGCGGCCACGACAUCCGACGACACGCUACUACGCGCAUUCGGACCUCGCCACUCCAUCAGUGCUGAGCCAAUACGUGGAUCUGACCAGGAGGGUGCUUCGGACAGGUCGAGCAAUGCACACGGCUAUGCGGCUCCGAGUGCGAUCGCGGCCCUGCCGACGUUGGGCUCGACCCACUCGCGAGCCAGCUCAGUCACCGACUUGCACGAAUCUCAAGAUGCGGACCAUGGCAUGAUGUACAUCAGAACGCAGUCCAUCAGCCCGCUGUCCCAUGCGACGCGGAAUGGCUCCAUUUCCUCCCCAGCCUCGAAUUCUCGGAGAUCGCUCUCUCCGGAAGACAGCAUCAGUGACGCAUUCUACGUCAGCUCCAGCCACCGCUCCUCGACAUCUUCCAAGCCUAGCAUGUUGGCGACAUCCACAUCGGAGCGCAAGUUUGUUCCCACCCUGAUGCCGACAUCCGAGUCUCCGACGCCAAAAUCGAUCUCCAGUUCCGCGUCUUUGUUGGCACCAACGAGCUCACCCAUAUUUGCGCUGCCUCGUACUCCAGACGUGGCCGCCUUCUUCACUGCUUUCACACCGACCAUCAAUGGAAGGCGCUUCUCAACGACGGCGUUGGUCGAUCCCGAGCUACUGUUGCAACCGAUGAAGGCCAGCGCACUGUUCGUUGCUCAACUCGACCCGGCCAUCAUCACUUUCUUCCUCACGUCGAUCACCUUCACCAUCUCGCGCAAGCUCUUGCUGAGACAGCCAGAAGGCAUAUUCCCCUUCCCCUUCAUACUUCUGGGUACGCAAGCCGGGUUUGCCACCUUUGCGACCCACAUCGCUCGGCGGACCGGCACCUUUCGAGCCACUCGGUUGACGCACAAGCGCGAGACGACGUUGCGUUUUCUAGCUUUGCUCUUCUCAGUCGAGGAGUUGACUUCGACGCUGAGUCUACGCUCAGUAACAGUUCCGGUGAGUCAAUGCUCGGGAAGCUCGGGAAGGACGUCUUGCAGUCGCAGGACUCGGGCACUGACUUGGGUACGGCGCGCCACCGCUCCGUGCAGUUUCAUCUGUCGGUUCGAGCUUUGUCACCAAUCCUUACUCUCGCACUCUCGGUCGUCUUCUUCAAAGAGCGAACCUCGAUGCGAACGACCUCGACAUUCCUCCUCGUCAUUCUGGGAGUCGUUCUGACCUCGCUGAACCUCGAUAUUCAUUCGUUUGGCUCGUUCCUCGUUUUCGCCUCGGCGAUCUUGCUCUCCAUCAAGUCGCUGAUUACGACUCACCUCUUGACGGAGCGAUGGGGCCUCGGCACUUUGGACCUCGUAUCACGCAUAGCUCCUCUUUCCAUCGUCCAUUAUGCCAUCUUUGCGAUCCUUGGAGGCGAGCUUGGAUCCUUCCUCGACUUUCUCGUGGGCCCGGAGUUGACCCAGGGGCACCUCCUGGCGAUCGUCUCCGCGGGUUUGCUGUCCGCGGGCAGCAUAUUCGCCACUCUCAAGGCGGAGGAGCGAGUGCAAGCACCUGCUCCUGCUAUCUCUGGUGCGUGGUUUCUAUUCAGACUGCGUGCGAUGCUUGUUCACCAUGUUCGGGGUUGUGGCGCUGACCUCUCGUGCUCUGAACAUUGGUUGGGCAACAUCAUUUAUUUUUUGCCACAGCCCAUGCCUCUCAAGCGUUCACGAUCGUCGUAUCGGUCAUCGUCUUUGCGCUUCCUCUCUCGAUCAUCAACUUUCUCGGAGUUGCUCUCACACUUACGGGUGGAGUGCUGUACGCCUGGUACGAUGCACUGGACCAUCCUCCCCUACCGUUCCCCAUGAGAGGCAAAAGUUUGCCGAGCACGAUGCCGCCACCGAGCGGUCGUGGCUUGAGGCUAUGA